AGUUCCCUGUCGGAUAACGUAGAGUCAUGCGUAACUACAACAACUUCAACCGCGUGUGGAAGGCCCCGCGCCGCCCGUUCGAGAAGGAGCGUCUCGACCGCGAGAUGAAGCUUUGCGGCCAGUACGGUCUGCGCUGCAAGCGUGAGAUCUGGCGCGUGAACAUGACGCUGUCGAAGAUGCGCCGCACGGCCCGUCUGCUGCUGACGCUGCCGGAGACCCACCCCCGCCGCAUGCUCGAGGGCUCCGCGAUUAUGCGCCGCUGCCACGAGUACGGCUUCCUCGACGAGGAGAAGGACAAGCUCGAUUACGUGCUGUCGCUCACCGUGCCCGACAUUCUCGAGCGCCGCCUGCAGACGAUCGUCUUCAAGGCCGGUCUCGCCAAGUCGGUGCACCACGCGCGCGUGCUCAUCCAGCAGCGCCACAUCGCCGUCGCGAAGCAGAUCGUGACGAUCCCCUCCUUCAUUGUGCGCGUGAACAGCGAGCGCCACAUCGCGUUUGCUGAUGCGUCGCCCUUCGGCAACGGUCGCGCCGGCCGCGUCAAGCGCGUGCGUGCCAAGGCCGCGAAGCGCCACGCCGCUGGCGGUGCCGACGAGGAGUAAGUCUUUCGCACGUGUGGAUAUACGUGUGGGGUGGGUACGUGUUAACGCAGCGGCGAGAGGCGACGGAUAUUCAGUGGCAAGGCCCCGAGCAGUUUUCUUCUCUGAGUAACGUUUACUCGUCCCUCAGCUGUUUCAUGGGUUUGCGUUGUUGUAUUGAAGCUGCCGUCCUGCCUGCGACCUCCGACAUUCCUCGCAACAAUCCUGUUCUUUUAUUGAUUUUUUACAUUUCAUUUUCCUGCAAAAGACAAACAAG